UCAGGCCGAAACCAGGGCAUUUCUUAACUCUGCGAAAUGCAGAAUAUCGCUCAUGGUAUAAAUACUGAGCCGCGGCCAAGACCGAUCACACUUGAACACACAAGCUCAACAUGUUCAGCAAGAUCCUCGCCUUCUCCGCCCUCGUGGCCGCUGCCUCCGCCGGUGUUGUCGCCCCCGCACUGACCACCUACGCCGCCGCCCCCGCCUACUCGGCGUACGCUGCCCCCAUCGCCCGUGCCGCUUAUGCCGCCCCCGCCUACGGCUAUGCCGCCCCCGCCCUUGCCCGCGCUGCCUACGCCGCUCCUCUGGCUUAUGCCGCCCCCGUCGCCAAGGCUGUCGUUGCCGCCCCCGCCCUCGCCAAGGUCGCCGUCCCCGCUGAAUACGAUGCCAACCCUCAGUACAGCUACGCUUACUCCGUGUCCGACGCUCUGACCGGCGACAACAAGCAGCAGCAGGAGAGCCGCCAGGGAGAUGUUGUCCAGGGCUCUUACUCCCUCAUCGAGGCCGACGGCACCCGUCGCAUCGUCGACUACACCGCUGACCCCAUCAACGGAUUCAACGCCGUCGUGCACAAGGAGGCCGCCGUCGCCAAGGCUGUUGUCGCCGCCCCCGCCAUCGCUAAGGUCGCCGCUCCUCUGGCUUAUGCCGCCCCCGCUGCUUAUGCUGCCCCCGCCUACGGCCGUGCCUACCUGGGUAUCCUCGCCUUCUCCGCCCUCGUGGCCGCUGCCUCCGCCGGUGUUGUCGCCCCCGCGCUGACCACCUACGCCGCCGCCCCCGCCUACUCGGCGUACGCUGCCCCCAUCGCCCGUGCCGCCUAUGCCGCCCCCGCCUACGGCUAUGCCGCCCCCGCCCUUGCCCGCGCUGCCUACGCCGCUCCCCUGGCUUAUGCCGCCCCCGUCGCCAAGGCUGUCGUUGCUGCCCCCGCUGAGUACGACGCCAACCCUCAGUACAGCUUCGCUUACUCCGUGUCCGACGCUCUGACCGGUGACAACAAGGAGCAGCACGAGAGCCGCCAGGGAGAUGUUGUCCAGGGCUCUUACUCCCUCAUCGAGGCCGACGGCACCCGUCGCGUCGUCGACUACACCGCUGACCCCAUCAACGGAUUCAACGCCGUCGUGCACAAGGAGGCCGCCGUUUCCAAGGCUGUUGUCGCCGCCCCCGCCAUUGCUAAGGUCGCCGCUCCUCUGGCUUAUGCCGCCCCCGCUGCCUACGCUGCCCCUGCCUACGCUCGUGCCUAUGCCCCUGCUGCUUAUGCCGCCCCCGCUUACGGCCGUGCCUACCUGGGUUAAGUGCUCAAAUCAGAACUGUGGGAUAUUAAUUUAUUUUUGAGUGAUAUAUUGUUCAUUUUUUAUGUUUUCGUGGUUUCAACACCAUGGUUGUACAAGACUUGCAUUCAAAGUGAAUAAAAAGUGUUACAUUCAAAACA